UUAAGGAGAUGGACUAUUCAGCGGCACGAAACAAAGGCUAAUACACUUGUGACUACGAUGUACAUGAGAUGGCUGGUUUCGUGGAGAACGUAGCCUAAGAACAUUUCUUUCACGACUGGAAACAGUAUUGGAAACUUUCUGGAUUUAACGGUUGCAGGCUUUUUGCUUCUCACACUUUUCAGACGGGACUUCAAACAACGGAAUUGUUUUGUUUUUCGUUGUCUUGUCAGUUUCACGGCUGUCAUGAUGCCUAAAAACUUUUGACCCAGUUGACCAUGUCACAUUUGCAUAGAGGACAGGACCGUCGCCGGGCGAAUGGCCCAACCACCGUAGUUGAGCGAGAGGGCAGCGGAGACACUCAUCCGGUUGAUGAAGCAGACUGUAAACCCCAGCAUUUUGACAGACCUCGGCAGCCUGAGAGGGACCAGUGCCGAUCUGAACCAACCAUGUCUCAAAAUGCCCAUUGUCACCGAACAGUGUCCAACUCUUCCAGCGGAUAUGUUUCGUCUGAUUCUGUACCAAGCUCCCCACUGACGCCGUCCUAUAGGCCUAACAAGUCGACGCAAACGCCAAGUCUGUCUAGCCAAGUCAUUACUCAUGCUAUGCACAGCUUGUCUCAAACUCAACACCGUGGUCCGAGUCAUGGGCCAUGUCCCCUCCUGCCCCUCUGUAGCGCCCGCCCGACAGCGUCCAGUGAGGGGGACAUGCCGCCGGAGGAGAUCGCUCUGGAGCUGCGCCGCAUCGGCGACGAGUUCGACCACCUGUACUUCCGCGCGGCUCAUGCAGGUGGGAAUGGACAGGCUGUCCUCGGCCGACUACGGCAGCAGAUCCCCGACGGACCCGGCCUGAUGCUCUUCCUGGGCCUUCUGAUUGGACGGCUCUUCCAGUACAUCAUGAGGAGGAGAUGACUGAUUGGCCGGUUGGGAAACCCAGCAGACCGCGUAGCAUCUGAACUUUGUACAGUGUACUUAUUGUAAAUAUGACCAGCGCGCGUUCGCCACGUGCGGUUGCUGUCUCGCCAUCGCCUUCCUCUAUAAUGGCUGUGCACCUCCUGUGGAACUCCUGGACAGUUGGACUUGAGAUCUGGUCUGAUCACAACUUCACCAGAUCAGAGAUUGAAGAUUGGGAUAUUGGCGGAACCAAGGAGAGCAUUUUUUGUUUGUUUGUUUGUUUGUUUGUUUGUUUGUUUGUUUCUGUAAAUCUGCAGCACACGGAUAUUUUUCAUCUUUGUUUUUUUGAUAUAGCGAGUUUCCUGCAUGACUUUGGAAAGCUGAGCCGAAAAUGCUGUGGAUAGAUAGUCUGGACUGGCUAGGGCCAAAUCCUUGUGUCCGAGCAGAGCGGGACGGAGACAAACAUUCCUCCUCUUCAUCCUUUUUUGUUUUUCUCCGCCUUUCUUUUUUUGUUGUUCCACUUUAUAUCUAUUUAUUUGUACAUUUGUGUAUAGAUGUCAUUUCUUAUUUCUUAUGUUUUGAAGUGGUUGUUAGGCAGCAUUGCAGUAUAUCUCAGACGUUCCUGCAUAGUCUUCUUGGUCUCAAACGUGGCACUUCCGUUUUUAUGUUUAUGUGUUGAUAUUGCAAUGAUUUUUUGUCGACAUGUAUUUUAAAAACAAACUCUUAUGAUUCAAUUUUACAGAAAACAGCUGUGUAGAAUACUGUUCCGAUUUUAAAGUGAAUGCUGUUAUGCCUGAUUUGUGGAAAAGAAAGACUAAACGAAAUCUGAUUGGCUGGGGGCAAAAAAAAGAAGUGAUACUGGUCUUAAGCUUUCUUUGUUCAUGACGCACCAAAACAUCAAUCACCUCACUGUUGUAACCUUUGGCAGGCCCGGGCCUUCAGAUUCGUGUUAAUUUGCCAGCACAACAUUGGUGUUGGCCUGGGCAGGCUCGUUCACUGGAGUGCCAGGUCAUUUAAAGAUCAUCCAACACCAGACUCCGCCACAGGGGAGAGCAGCUUUGUCAAUGAAAAACCACUGAAUGAACUGGAGCCAGGAUAACAGGGUUUCAAAAGCAGGUUGUUGUUUUUUUUUACACUGACUCUACCACAAUAUUGAGGUACGUGCACAUCUAAUAGGGACUAUAACCACCCCGACCUGUUAGCGUCCGCUCAAAUGUGUUGGCUUCUGGACUGUUUUGUGUAGUCGUGACUAAUAAGAUGUGUGAAUGGUGGAAAGACAUGGCGAUCUUCAGGGCAUUGUACUUGUUACUUUGGUGUGUGCCAUCUUUUGUGGGUUUCACCCAAUUUAUAUCGUUAGAUCAAGCAGUAAUACUUCCCAUAAUGCAAUCCGUCUCCUUAAAGAGCAAGCUUUUGUCAGCAGCUGGUCUAUUGCAAAGGACGCUUUUAUAACCGUUUUGUGAGACUGUUAAAAGCUUGGAGUAGAUUCAGGAGCUGAAAUGAAUAGUACUUGGAAUUUUAAAGCCAAAAAGUCAUCGCUUACAGAAGUGACCUGUGAGAAAGAAAGCCAACAGUAACACAUCGCAACGUUUUGAUAUGAUUGUGUGGUGGACUCACUUUUUAUUCUUCUAGCCACACCUAGGCGUAGAAAGGUGUGAGAGUGACAACAGUCAAAGCAGUAGGCUACACUCUUCAGCAGACAACCUCGUGUUUUUGCACCUCUUUGAAACAAAUCAACUCAGUGCCAGAAGACCACCACUGAGUCUUUGAAUCAGUGAAUGAGACCAAAGAUCCUCUUUUGUACUGUAUCUAAGUCAGACUUAGCAUUGUGAAAGAAAACCUGUGAGCAUUUUUUUUAAAAACAAAAACAUGAGUGAACGUGAGAGCUUGGUUGUCAUGUUUUGAAUCCUAUGCAUUAUGUGUAUGUUUAUAACGGUAUAUUCCUUCCCCUCACAGUUGGCUGGUCACGCCAGGAUCUCCAGUAUUUUACCUGUAAUUUUGUUUCAUUAGCCUUAUUGUACACACUUUUACUGUAUAGCCUUUAACUUCCGAACAACUCUUUGCCAACGCAUUGGCGGGGGCCAUGUUUUAGACAGACUCCAUAUUUCAGCAUGGUCAGGACGUUUCCAUUGAGGGUCUGCAGAAGCUGUCCUAUGGCCACCUCAUGGGACCCAGUUCAAAUGUAGCAUUCAUUUUUUUUUUCUCCAGUUUUUUAAAAAAGUAUUUUGUAUUUUGCACUGAAAAUUUGCUAUGCUUUCAUAAUAAAUGUGCAAUACUGCUGUAAAUAAAUAUGGCU